CACCUCCAAAUUCCACAAUCUCGUUUUCGUGAUUAAUAAAAGUGAAAAAAAAAAAAAAAAAAAAACAGUAAUUCAAAAUUUGUUGUUGAACUCAAAAAUUCCCUUUUUGAUUUUUCCAGAGCCAAGCUUGAAGCACUCCGUCGGAAAUCAUCUCUCGGACAAAAAAAAAAAAUGACAUGAGCUUCCUGAAGGAACUCAUCGACUCUUUUGGCUCAAUCUUUAGCUCCCCAGCCUACGAUUCCAACCCAAACCCAAACCCUAUCCAUCCCAAUUCUUCUUCUUCUUCUUCUUCUUCAUCAUCAACCAUGGAAGGCGUGUCGAACGAGCGCGUCGCACACAAGCUCAAGGGUUACCACGACUUGGCAACGGAAGAGAUCGCCAAGGCCGUUAGAGCCGAAGAGUGGGGCUUAGUCGACGAUGCUAUUCUUCACUACAAAAACGCCCAGAGAAUACUCCUCGAAGCUAGUUCCACUCCUGCUCCUUCAUAUAUUACCUCCAGUGAACAAGAGAAGGUGAAAUCUUACCGUCAAAAAAUAUCAAAAUGGCAGGGUCAUGUGUCAGAAAGAUUACAAGCUUUAAGUAGGCGUGCAGGUGGCACAUCGACAAGCAAGAGCCCUGCACUGAAUCCUAGAAAGGAUGUUUUGAAAAAAUCUUCUUCUUUUAGUACAAACAGCCCAAGAAUGAGGAAUCAGACAGAUAAAGUUGAAAGCUCUAAACCUACAAAAGAUGCUAACUCUGGUUAUGAAGACAAAUUGGUUGAAAUGAUAAAUACUACAAUAGUGGAUAGAAGUCCGUCUGUUAAAUGGGAAGAUGUUGCUGGUCUUGAGAAGGCAAAGCAAGCUUUAAUGGAGAUGGUAAUCUUGCCAACUAAAAGAAGGGACUUAUUUACUGGUCUUCGGAGGCCAGCUAGAGGUUUGCUUCUCUUUGGUCCACCCGGUAAUGGGAAGACCAUGCUUGCCAAAGCAGUUGCUUCAGAGUCCGAGGCAACAUUUUUUAACGUCUCUGCAUCUUCCUUGACAUCAAAAUGGGUGGGGGAGGCUGAAAAGCUUGUACGGGCUCUGUUCAUGGUUGCUAAAUCCAGACAGCCAUCUGUAAUUUUCAUGGAUGAAAUUGAUAGUGUCAUGUCAACAAGAUUGGCUAAUGAAAAUGAUGCGAGUCGAAGGUUAAAGUCAGAGUUUCUUAUACAAUUUGAUGGGGUGGCCUCUAAUAGUAAUGAUGUAAUAAUUGUCAUUGGUGCUACUAAUAAGCCACAAGAACUGGACGACGCAGUUCUUAGGAGAUUGGUGAAGCGAAUAUACAUACCUUUACCAGAUGAAAAUGUUAGGAGACUACUUCUUAAGAACAAACUCAAGGGCCAGGCCUUUUCCUUACCCAGUGGAGAUAUAGAGAGACUUGCCAGAGUGACAGAGGGAUAUUCUGGAAGUGAUCUACAAGCGUUAUGCGAAGAGGCUGCAAUGAUGCCAAUCAGAGAGCUAGGUGCUAACAUUCUUACUGUCAAAGCAAAUCAGGUAAGGCCACUAAGAUAUGAAGAUUUCCAUAAGGCAAUGACGGUCAUCAGACCCAGCUUAAACAAAAGCAAGUGGGAAGAGCUUGAGCAAUGGAAUGAAGAGUAUGGCUCUAACUGAAUUUUUUACAUGUUACGAUUUUAACAAUUCAAAGCAAAGCUGUGUUAUAGUGAUUCAAACCUACCGGCUACCAGUGAGUGGUAAAAAGGAAAAGGCAAAUCCUAGUUGUCUACAUUGUGUAAAUGUCACUCCUCACAACCUGAAUCUUUCUAUUGUUGAAUGAUUUGUAUUCUUCUGCACAAUUACGAAGACUGGUCUUUAUGUCUCUAAAAAGUUUAUUGUAAAACAAUUUGAAUGAAGUUUAUAUAUGGUUUAUGAAUUAUCAUCA